AUGGGUGCGAAACUGUGGGCUUGGAGCCCCGGAGCGGCCGCCCUGGCCAUUGCUGUUUCUGCUGGGCACAAAGCCCUUGUGGAGGAGCUGCUUGGUGCUAGGGCCGAUCCAGAAGAAGUCAGCGAGCGCGGGCAAAGUCCGCUGAUGCUAGCUGCUGCCCUGAGCCGACGCGAUCUCUGUGAAGAGUUGCUGGCGGCAUCUGCUCAGCCCGAUGGCACCGAUCCGGAGGGGAAGUCGGCUUUGCUGCUGGCCGCGGGCGCAGGUUGCCUCCCGGUAUGCGAGGUCUUGCUCGAAGCUCGUGCAGAUCUCGCGCAGCGUACCGUGGCUGGCGCAUGUGCACUGGAUUCCGCUGCCGCAAAUGGCCACCAGGCCGUCUGCCAGGUGCUCUUGGAUGCACGUGCUGACCUUGCUUCAGUAGGGCCUGCCGGACGGACUCCUGCCGAAGUCGCUGACUUCGCCGGGCAUGCUUCCCUAGCAGAGAUGUUGCGAAGAUAA